CUCCUCAUUUACUACUAAUACAUUCGAAGAUUUCCCUCUUCCUCCCGUCUAAACUUAUCUAAGUCGCCGGCAACAAUGUCUACGACAUACGGCACUAUUCCAACCUCACCCGAUGACGCUGGCUCAAAGGUCGAAUUCCUAUCACGCACAACCGAACGCAUACAAACAAGUCUCAAUACACGAAGACCAUGGAAAGAAAUGUUCAAUCCACACUCCAUUAGUCUCCCACAAGCAUACCCGGACACACUUUCACGUAUCAAAACCAAUUUCAGAUACUUCCUUAUGAACUACGUAAUGAUCGUGCUCAUAAUUCUGUUCCUAAGCUUGUUAUGGCAUCCGAUCUCAUUGAUCGUGUUUGUUGCAUUAAUGGCAGCAUGGUUGUUCCUCUACUUCCUCCGUGAUGACCAGCUAGUGAUAUUUCACCAUCCUGUUGAUGAUCGUGUUGUUAUGGCGGUUUUAUCGGUUGUUACUAUUGUUUUGCUGUUGUUAACUGGAGCUACAAUGAACAUAUUGUGUUCUAUUUUGGUUGGAGUGGCGGUUGUGGUGGUUCAUGCUGCGGUUAGGAAGACGGAUGACUUGUGUUUAGAUGAAGAUGGCGGUGAGGCUGGCGGGUUUCUGGCGGUUUCUUCUCCGGUGGAAUGAGAGUACUGGUUUGUUAGCUUUUAAAUUUAGUGAUGAGUGAGUCGCAAGUGUGUUGUUCAGCAACGGAUAUUGAAAUGGAUCUAUUUCUGUACUUGAUUUAUUGUAAUGAAAAAAAGUGUUAUCACGUCA